UCUACUACAGACUCUGCUCCAGCCUGCGAGCCUGCUCCAGACCUCGCUCCAGCCCAGAGACCCAUAGCUCCUCCCUCCGGAUCUGCCAUGGCUUCCCGAACCUCCUGAUCCGCCAUGGCUUCUCAAAGAGCCUGAUCCACCAUGGCAUUCCGAAGGGCCUGAUCCGCCAUGGCUUCCUGAAGGCCCCGAUCCACCAUGGCUUCCCAAAGGGAUUGAUCCGCCAUGGCUUCCCGAAGGGCCUGAUCCACCAUGGCCAUUAUGCAGAGCUCCUAAACUCCUUCCGAACCGGUUCACGUUACGUCAUAUUUAGGGGGCGUGUCAUCGUGAGUUCAGUCGGGAGACGUCAAGAACGUAAAGGAGCAGUUGGUGUCAGCGUGGACAUGGAGGACACACUGCUGUGGAUUCUGGGUGCGCUGUUACUCCUGUUCUGCAGUGUGGAUGUGUGGUAUUAUAUACGGGCAGUGGCUGUGGUGGUCAGGGCCUGGUUCCUCUCACCUGUAUUUGACAUCACAGGAGAGCAGACCACUGGCGGACGAGUCGUUCUCCAUGACGUUGACUUUUGCCAUAUGAAUAAUGCCCGCUACCUACGCGAGUGUGACUUUGCCCGUUUUUCUUUAUACACCCGCAAUGGGGUGUUUAAGGGACUAAGAGCUCUAGGGGCCACCAUGGUUGUUGGGGCAAGUACUGUCCGCUAUAGACGCCCACUGUGUAUCGGUGAGGCGUUUGAGCUGCGCAGUCGAAUCAUCACCUGGGACGACAAGUCAUUUUACCUGGAGCAGCGGUUUGUGUCUUGUAAAGAUGGGAUGGUCUCGGCUGUUAUGUUCUGCAAACAGAAUGUCCUGCGCAGCAGCCCAGACAAGAUCCUGCAGUACUUGUGCAAAAGAAAGGUUGAAGUGCCAGAAUUUCCUGAAGACCUGCAGCACUGGAUCAAUUUCAUCGCAGCCAGCAGUAAAAACCUCAGGGGGGAAAGUCAGCUCGAUAAUAAAAAGAACGAAUGACGGUUCACUGCCUUAAAUGAACUCUUACACAAUGGUUUACAUUCUGAUGCACAUACAUUAAUGUCUCAGGUGUUUGGAUACUCCAAUGCAAAAUAAAAAUGUGAGUUCUGCUGUACUCCUAAAGUCUGAUUCAUGCCACAUCAUGUCUCAUGCAAGCCAUAAGAUUGAGAAUAUCUAAAAAUAAAUUCUUUUUUU